AUUUUUAUGCAAAUUAGAUAAGAAAAAAAGAGAAACACAUACACACAUUUGGUUUUCGGACACGGCCUACAAAUUGCCAACGUUGCAGUGUGUGAAGUGAAUAAUAAGCCAGGUUCCUCAUUGGCCGGCGAUGUGCAGAGGAGGAGAAGGAAUUCCACGACGAGCAGAAGAGGAAGAAGCAGCAGUAGUAGGUGUUCUUGUUAUUGUGGGUGUAUAAAAGAUGUCCCGGCUAGCCGAUUACUUUGUAAUUGUUGGCUAUGAUAAUGAUAAAGAGAAGACUGCUGGAAAUGUAUGUGGCCAGGCCAUAUGUGGGAAAAUUGUGCAACGUUUUCCCGAGAAAGAUUGGCCGGACACACCCUUUAUUGAGGGCAUUGAAUGGUUUUGUCAACCCUUGGGAUGGAAUCUAUCUUAUGAGAAACAAGAACCGAAAUUCUUCAUCUCAGUUCUGACCGAUAUCGAUGCGAAUAAGCAUUACUGUGCCUGCCUGAGCUUUCACGAGACUCUGGCUAUUACACAAACCAGAAGCAGUGUGGAUGACGAAGAUGAGACAACAAUUGGUGGCAGUAAUAGGCUCUUGGGUGGGGCAGUUAAUGCCAGUUCCGUGGAGGCGGCGGCAUCAGUAUCAACAGUGGCGGUAGGUGGCGCUCCAAUUACGCAUCACAGUGUGAUGUAUGCUCCCAAGUGUUUGGUACUUAUAUCACGCUUGGAUUGCGCCGAUACAUUUAAGAACUGCCUGGGUACCAUUUACACAGUGUAUAUUGAGAAUUUGCCAUAUGCUCUGGAAAAUCUGGUCGGAAAUAUUUUGGGAUGCAUUCAAGUGCCACCUGCCGGUGGACCACAGGUGCGCUUCUCCAUAGGGGCUGGUGAUAAGCAAUCGCUGCAGCCGCCUCAAAGCUCUUCGCUACCCACAACUGGUAGUGGUGUUCACUUCCUCUUCAAGCAACUGGGCAUUAAAAAUGUCCUAAUCCUGCUCUGCGCUGUGAUGACCGAGAAUAAGAUACUAUUUCAUUCCAAAUGCUAUUGGCAUUUGACGGACAGUUGCAAGGCAUUGGUGGCCCUAAUGUAUCCGUUUCGUUAUACCCAUGUCUACAUACCCAUAUUGCCUGCCCCCUUGACCGAAGUGCUAUCGACACCAACACCAUUUAUCAUGGGAAUCCAUAGCUCAUUGCAGUCGGAGAUAACAGAUUUGUUAGAUGUCAUUGUUGUGGAUUUAGAUGGUGGAUUAGUGACCAUACCAGAAUCAUUGACACCGCCAGUUCCCAUGUUUCCAUCACCAUUGUGGGAGCAAACGCAAGAAUUACUAGCGAUGAUACUCUUUCCGAAUUUAGCUCAAGCGGAUUUGGCAUUUCCCAGCCAGCAUCCGCCAGUUAGCAAGACCCAGACGGAGGCUCACAUAGACAAGGAGCUGCGUGCCAUAUUUAUGCGUCUGUUUGCCCAACUCCUUCAGGGUUAUCGCUCAUGCCUCACUAUCAUUAGGAUUCAUCCCAAAACAGUGAUAACAUUUCAUAAGGCUGGUUUUCUGGGUGCACGUGAUCUCAUUGAGAGCGAAUUUCUUUACCGCGUUCUGGACAGCAUGUUCUUCACAACAUUUGUGAACGAAAGAGGUCCACCAUGGCGUGCCGCUGAUGCCUGGGAUGAGCUAUACAGUUCCAUGAAUGAGUUGCUCAAAUCGGAGGCACAAAACAAGAAUCUCAUCCUUACUCACAUUCAAGAGCUGGGCCGUACUCUGUUCGAAAAUGAAGGUACAGGUCAUAGCGGUUAUGCUCAGAAAGUCUUACGGCCACCGGAGGGAUCCUUUCAGCGCAUUCAUCAGCCUGCAUUUCCGCGCAUCAAUAGUGAAAAAGUUGAGCUGAUUAUUCAAGAUGGCAUACGUAAAAAUGGUCUGUCUGCUCAACGUUUCCAUGUGACACGUAAUCAGCAUAGAAUUAUUCCCAUGGGUCCUCGUUUACCUGAGGCUUUGGAUGUGCGACCAAAUGCCGUGCACAAUUCGGUUCGUCGAUUGGAGGUGCUGCGCACCUGUGUUGCUUAUAUUUUCGAGAAUCGCAUUGCAGAUGCCCGCAAAUUGCUGCCAGCCGUAAUGCGUACCCUAAAGCAUCGGGAUGCCCGUUUAAUUCUCUGUCGCGAACUCUUUGGUUAUGUAUAUGGCAAUAAGGCAGUGCUGGAUCAUCAACAAUUCGAGUUGGUCAUACGUUUCAUGAACAAGGCUUUGCAGAAUUCCUCCGGCAUCGAUGAGUAUACAGUGGCUGCCGCUCUUUUGCCCAUGUCAACGAUUUUCUGUCGAAAACUAUCCACGGGAGUGGUGCAAUUUGCGUAUACAGAAAUACAGGAUCAUGCGAUAUGGAAAAAUCUACAAUUCUGGGAGUCUACAUUCUACCAGGAUGUGCAGGCUCAGAUUAAGGCAUUGUAUUUGCUGCAACAGCAACAACGUCGUCGUCAAACAGAGAGCAAAAAAGAGGCCAAUUGCAUAUUGGAUGAAGUCCCAUUGGAGGAGCCAACGGCCCUAGAAAUUACUGCCGAGCAACUGCGCAAAUCACCCACCAUUGAGGAGGAUAAGAAAAACGAGCUGUCCAAAUCUGAAGAGUCCACCUUGUAUAGUCAGGCCAUACAUUUCGCCAAUCGCAUGGUAUCACUGCUAAUCCCACUGGACGUUAAUGUUGAUGCAAGUAGUAAGCCAAAGCCAGCUUUUCGGCUCGAAGAGAAUCAGAGUGUGUCCAAUAGCAUUAUGGGUUCCCAUAGCUUAAGCGAACAUUCCGACGAGGGAUUCGAGGAGAACGAUGCCCUAGAGAUUGGUGUAACAGUGGGCAAGACGAUAUCUCGUUUUAUUGACUGCGUUUGCACUGAGGGCGGUGUUACGUCUGAGCACAUUCGCAAUUUGCAUGAUAUGGUUCCUGGUGUGGUGCAUAUGCAUAUUGAAUCAUUGGAACCCGUCUAUCUGGAGGCCAAACGUCAUCCGCAUGUCCAGAAGCCAAAGAUUCAAACGCCUUGCCUGUUGCCAGGCGAAGAAUUGGUCACAGAACAUUUGCGAUGCUUCCUUAUGGCCGAUGGCCGUGAGGAUGAUACCCAGUGCCUAAUACCAGCCGAGGGAGCUCUCUUCUUGACCAACUAUCGCAUAGUUUUCAAGGGUUCACCGUGUGAUCCGCUCUUUUGCGAACAGACCAUUGUCCGGGCGUUUCCGAUAGCCUCGUUGCUAAAAGAAAAGAAGAUUUCGGUGCUUUAUUUGGCCCAUUUGGAUCAAACGCUGCCCGAGGGUCUCCAAUUGCGUUCAAGUAGCUUUCAAUUACUGAAGCUGGCCUUUGAUACGGAGGUCACACCCGAACAGAUUGAAUCGUUUCGCAAGACAUUGGGCAAAGCGCGUCAUCCAUUCGAUGAAUUUGAAUACUUUGCCUUCCAGUCAUAUGGCACAAUGCUACAGGGCGUGGCCCCGUUAAAAACGAAAGAGAAGUACUCCACACUAAAGGGCUUUGCGAAGAAGACUUUGCUGCGUACAGCCAAACGUGCGGGCUUCAAACAAAAGCAGACUACCAAACGGAAAUUGGUUGCCGAUUACGAUAUGGGCAGUGCUGAUGCCCUGGAGACUCACUCCCUGGACGAUGAGCUAGAGGAUGCCGAUGAGUUUGAGACCCAAAAUGAGACUCUGCCUCGCCUGCUGAGCUCUAAGGAUAUCGAACGUAUGCGCGAACGUAGCUAUGUCCAGGAUUGGAAGCGUCUUGGAUUUGAUGCCGAAUCGCAGCGCGGCUUUCGGAUAAGCAAUGCCAAUGCUAAUUAUGCCCUCUGCCGAUCUUAUCCGGCUAUCAUUGUGGCUCCAGUGCAAUGCAGUGAUGCGACCAUGACACAUUUGGGUCGCUACUUUAAGGGCCAGCGGAUUCCAUUGCCCACUUGGCGUCAUCAAAACGGAGCGUUGCUUAUUCGUGGUGCCCAACCAAAUAGCAAGAGUGUGAUUGGCAUGCUGAAGAAUACCACUGGUGCCAACACCAUGACCCAUCAUCAUCAUCAUCAUCUUCAUCAUCCACACGAUGUCAGCCAUUACCAUGAGCAGGACAAAUAUUUCAUGGCCCUGAUUAAUACCAUGCCAAAGAUGGCUUUGAAUCAGUAUAGUGGAUUGAAUUUGUCGAUGAGCUCAUUGUUGGGCCAUGGUGAGGAUCAUCAUGCUCACCAUCAUCAUCAUCAUGCACAGCAACCGAUGACACCUGAAGUAACGCGCAAACAUGAAGGCAAAAGCAGCACCAUGAAGGGCACCUCAGCUGCUCCACUUGGUUUUCGCAAAAUGCGACUCUAUGCUUUGGGUGAGAAAUCUCAAGCCAAGUCGAAUUUAAAUGGCGAUUUCUGUGCUGAUUUUAUACCCGUGGACUAUCCGGAUAUUAGACAGUCCCGAUCGGCUUUCAAGAAACUUAUUCGCGCCUGCAUGCCCUCGCACAUUGCCAAUGAUGCAGAUGGUCAGAGUUUUGCCAAAAUGGUCGAACAAUCCGAUUGGUUGCAACAAAUCUCCUCGUUGUUGCAAUUGGCCGGCGCUGUUGUGGAUCUGAUAGAUUUGCAGGAAAGUAGCGUUAUGCUUUCGCUUGAGGAUGGCUCUGAUGUUACGGCUCAAUUGUCGGCUAUAGCUCAACUUUGCUUGGAUCCAUAUUAUCGACGUUUGGAUGGCUUUCGUGUGCUGGUGGAGAAAGAAUGGCUGGCUUUUGGCCACCGUUUUGCCCAUCGAAGCAAUCUAAAGCCAUCGCAUGCCAGCACAAAUAUAGCCUUUGCUCCGACCUUUUUGCAAUUUUUGGAUGUAGUACAUCAACUGCAGCGGCAAUUUCCCAUGGCCUUUGAGUUCAAUGACUUUUAUUUGCGUUUCCUGGCCUAUCAUGUGGUGUCGUGUCGUUUUCGAACUUUUCUUUUUGACUGCGAAUUGGAACGUUCGGACUCAGGGAUAUCGGCCAUGGAGGAUAAGCGUGGUUCACUGAGUACGAAGCAAAUGUUUGGUGGUGGUAGCGGAGGCGGUGGCGGCGCCGGUGGAGCUGGUUCGGAUGAUGAGUGUAACAUCUAUCCAUUGGAUAUGCGAAGUCCGCGUAAUCCCACGCCUCUGAAUCGUAUAGGGCACUCCAUUUUCGAUUAUAUCGAGAGGCAGCACAGCAAAACGGCCAUUUUCUACAAUUUCCUCUACUCAUCGGAACAGGAUUCACAUGUGCAAGUGCUGCGUCCUCAACAUAGUCUGGCUGCUUUGGACCUGUGGAGCUACUAUACCAACGAGGAGCUUGCCCAGGGACCGCCAUAUGAUCUGGAAGUCACCAAUGUGGAUGACGAAAUCGAUUUGUCCGAAAUGAAGGGAAAACGUAUGAUGAUAACUGCUGGCUAUGACAACAUUGAGAAAUGUAAUCCCAAUGCCUAUGUCUGCCUGCUGAGUGAGGUUAAGCAAGCGGAAACGGAACGUGGCCAUCUUUCCCAGAAAUGGCAGCAAGUGUGGAAUCAAUUGGAAGUCCCUCUCAAUCCCGACUCAUCCAUGUCAUCUUUGUCACGUAAAACAUCACUUAAUAGCAUGCUGAUACAGCAGACGCACAAACGCUCAACUCUGGAAAUCAUUAUGAAGGGACGCCUGGCUGGCUACCAGGACAAAUUCUUUCAUCCGCAUCGUUUCGAAAAGCAUCCAUAUACGACACCAACCAAUUGCAAUCAUUGUACCAAAUUGCUUUGGGGCCCCGUGGGAUAUCGCUGCAUGGACUGUGGCAAUUCGUAUCAUGAGAAGUGCACAGAGCUAUCUAUGAAGAAUUGCACGAAAUAUAAGGCCAUUGAUGGAUCAGUGGGCGGGCCGCCAAAUGUGAAUAUGUCGCAGGGUGGUGAUACGGCUAGCAUUGCCUCUAGUGCGGCAACAAGUGCAGCACGAACAUCAAGCCACCAUUUCUAUAAUCAAUUUAGCAGCAAUGUGGCCGAGAAUCGCACGCAUGAGGGACAUUUGUAUAAACGUGGAGCCCUGCUCAAGGGCUGGAAACAGCGUUGGUUUGUCCUGGACUCGAUAAAGCAUCAAUUACGCUACUAUGACACAUCCGAGGACACCCAACCCAAGGGAAUUAUUGAACUAGCUGAGGUCCAGUCAGUUACAGCCGCUCAGCCCGCACAAAUUGGCACAAAGCGAGUCGAUGAAAAAGGUUUCUUUGAUUUAAAGACUUCGAAACGCACGUACAAUUUCUAUGCGGUCAAUGCAAUUUUCGCCCAAGAAUGGAUUGAAAAGCUACAGGCUUGCUUGCAGUAAUCGAAUGGACUUCUCACUCGGUCCGUCUCUCAUCCCUUUAACCGUCAUCUAUUGUUAUAGUUUAUUGGACCACAGAAAAAAAAACUCUUCCUCGACUCGAA